GUGACUGUGGUGUUUUGGUCCGCGGGCGGAGCCGUAUCAGCAGUCUCCGUUCGCGUCCGUAGCCCGGAAACGGAUGGUCCGGCAUCCUAGGCCCGGUUCUACGAUGUCGGAUAAGGAAGCCAGGCCGAGCGAAGGCUCCUCGGGCGCCCGCGCGGCGACCGUCAGCGACAUCCACGAGCUGAUGCGCCGCAAGGAGGAGAUCGAGGCGCAGAUUAAGGCCAAUUACGACGUGCUGGAGGGCCAAAAAGGUGUUGGGAUGGACGAGCCACUGGUGGACUGUGAGGGCUACCCCCGGGCAGACGUGGACCUCUACCAAGUCCGCACAGCCAGACACAACAUCAUCUGCCUGCAGAAUGAUCACAAGGCGGUGAUGAAGCAAGUGGAGGAAGCCCUGCACCAGCUGCAUGCGCGUGACAAGGAGAAGCAGGCCCGUGACAUGGCUGAGGCCCACCAAGAGGCCAUGAGCCACAGGCGGGGCCACAGCCACAGCCUUCCCCAGGCCUUCGCCAAAGUGAACAGCGUCAGCCCGGGAUCCCCCGCCAGCACCGCGGGUCUGCAAGUGGAUGACGAGAUUGUGGAGUUUGGCUCUGUGAACCCCCAGAACUUCCAGUCACUUCACAACAUCAGCAGUGUGGUGCAGCACAGUGAGGGGAAACCCCUGAAUGUGACCGUGAUCCGUCGAGGUGAGAAGCACCAGCUCAGGCUUGUCCCAUCUCGCUGGACGGGAAGGGGACUGCUGGGCUGCAACAUCGUUCCUCUGCAAAGAUGACGCCUGGAGCCUCCGCAGGAAGCUGCUGCAGCCCGGCCUCACUGGGGCCUGGGGGCGUCUCGUUCUCUUCAGCCCCUGAAGAGAGUGGAAGGGGCUGGAAGCCUGCGUGGACAUGGAGGUGGUGUGGUCGCAGGGCCGGGCCUCCCAGUGUAACCUCAGAUGAAGGCAUUGUGAAAAUGUCAUCUGUGUUUGUCUCUUUUACAUGUUGGGUCACGGCCCUGCAUAGAAUUCUCUAGAUUCCUGGCAGGUGACUGGGAGUUAUUCUGGCAGGUGCUGAUCAGACUUUAUUUUUUGAAGAUAUUUUUUUUUCUUCAAAUAAACCCAGUUUUGCCGUGCUGGUAAGACCAUCUUAGCGCCAAAGUUGAAUUUCUGAAGAACCUCUCAAGCCAGAGCUGAGACCAGGUUGUGAUUUCUGAAAAGAAAA